AUGAGUACAACAACAACUUCAAUCGCCUCUGCCACCAGUGCUUUGGCCUCUUCAACCCAAACAUGCACCAACCCCAAACCAGGGAAGAAUGGCUACCUGCCUCCAGAAGCGUGUGACAGUAUCCUGCUCUAUGUUCCCUCUCUAGCUGCCGCAGUAUUGUUCUGCGUGCUAUACGGCCUAACCCUCAUCUGCCACGGGGUACAAGCAUAUCUCUACAAGAAGCGCUACGCCUGGGUCAUCAUGAUGGGCGCAACCUGGGAACUACUCGCCUUUAUAUUCCGUGCUCUCCUUACACGACAACAGAACAACUCGAAUUGGGACACCGUCUACACGAUCAUGUUCCUCCUUGCUCCGCUCUGUAUGCUCCCUCCCUCUCCCCUCUCUCCCCUCCCUACCCCACUAACCAACCUCACAGGGAUAAACGCCUUCCUCUACAUGACCCUCGGCCGACUCAUCUACUUCUUCACUCCGGACCAACAACUCGCCGGCAUCACCGCCCGACGCUACGGCCGACUCUUCGUCUGGCUCGACAUCUUCGCCUUCCUCGUCCAGCUCGGCGGCGCAGCCAUCACCACCGAGACGGGUGUACCGACCAGCAGAAUCAUGCUAGGCGUGCAUAUCUACAUGGGUGGAAUUGGAUUGCAAGAGUUAUUCGUCCUGAUCUUCACUGGAUUGGUCAUCCAUCUCCAUCGGAAACUCAUCCACUAUGAACAGGCGGGGAUUUUGAGCCCAGGCGGUGUGGUAGGCAUGAGCAUGAGCAGACAUAAGCCCCUCCCGUGGCGGUGGCUAUUCUAUGUGAUGUAUUCUGCGCUGGGGAUGAUUACCAUACGUAUCAUCUUCCGACUGUGCCAAUACUCACAAGGCACGGACCCGAAUAACCCCGUCCUGACGCAUGAAGCAUACGAAUAUGUCUUUGAUGCGGUGCCGAUGUUCAUUGCGCUGGCGUUGUUGAAUGUGGUGCAUCCGGGGCGGGUGUUGCAGGGCCCGGAGUCGGAGUUUCCGAGGGUGAGUCGGGCGGAGAAGAAGAGGUUGAAGAGGGAGAAGAAACAGUUGAAGAGGGAGAGGAAGGAGGCGAAGAGAAUGGAGAAGGAGAUGAGGAAGGGAGGGAAGGGUGGGUGGUGGUGGAAACGGGGGAGGGAGAGUGAGACGUUUGAGAUUAUUCCGAUGCAGGAGGAGGUAGAGGGGAGGGUGUAG